CGAACGUACACAUCGAUCCAUUGAAGCAGUGUCGACUUCGCCGAUUUGAUACAUUAUGUCUCCUCCGCAAAAUUUCCACACUUCGUUUCCUGUGUUGGGAUAGGGUCUCAACCUCGAAUGUUUAUUGCCGUUCUCUUCGCUCUCAAGUGUUCCCGUGUACCAAAGGCGCGCAAACGGCUAACCUGCUCGUCCGAAUCCGAAUCUGACUUACAGCUGAACUCUCGGAUGAGCAGUAGGGCUGGCCUGGCCUCAUCACAGGCUGCGGCGUACGGCGCCCCGAUAUUUAUGACAUCUGUGUUUAUAUCAAAGGCCAGUGAACAUACGACUCUGAAAGCGUGUUUCCAUUUAUUUUUACACGCUCCUUCCGCUGCUGGCCUCGCUCUUUCAGGGAUACUACCCGCUCGAUUGCGCACAUUCAAGGCUUGGGAGUGCCGAAGUCUGCAUACAGCCCCAACUCUCUCCAGCUUGCUGCCGAUCAUGGAAUCAUGCAUAUUCAUCAAAGUCAUGAUAUCAGCCAUUCUACCAAACUUUGUCACUCAGUGUGCACUCUAGCCCCAUAUCCUAGUGUCCGAAGCUCCCCUGGCUUGAGCUAGACUCGUAGUCAGCCGGUAUGCUAAUCUCCAACCUCCGACUCUCUAAGGCUGCUUAUUACUGCCUUGCCAAGGUCGGUAUCGCAACCAUUGAAGCGCGGCUUCUGUAUGGGCCCGCGAGCCUAUGCGCCGUCUAUGCAUUCGGCC